AUUGAAUAAUUGAGAGACAUGGCCCCAUAGGCAGGUGCAGUUUGCAGUUUCCAUUUAACAAUUGAGUUUGUAACAUAUUCUUUGCUAACUCACAAUACUUCCAAAUAUCUAAUAGUGAAUUGAAGAUAUGGCUGAAUCUCUCCUUCGAAUUCUGUUAAAGAGUCUGACUUCUUUCAUCCAAGGGGAAGUUGGAUUGAUUCUUGGUUUUAAGGACGAAUUCGAAAAGCUUCAAAGAACGUUUACGAUGAUCCAAGCUGUGCUUGAAGAUGCUCAGGAGAAGCAACUGAAGGACAAACCAAUUGAAAACUGGCUGCAGAAUCUCAAUGUUGCUGCAUAUGAAGCUGAUGACAUCUUGGAUGAAUGUAAAACUGAGACAGCAAGACUCAAACAGACUAACUAUUGGAGUUAUCAUCUAAAGGCUACCGCUUUCCGUUACAAGAUUGGGAAAAAGAUGAAAAACAUUAUGAAGAAACUAGAUGCAAUUGCUGCGGAUCGAAUCAAGUUUCAUUUGGAAAUAAGGCCUAUAGAGAGACAAGCUGCUAGACCUCAAACAGGUUCUGUAUUAACUGAAAAACAAGUUUAUGGGAGGGGCAAAGAGGAAGAUGAGAUAGUGAAAAUCUUGAUAAACAAUGCCCAACAACUUUCAGUCCUCCCAAUACUUGGUUUGGGGGGACUAGGAAAGACCACUCUUGCCCAAGUGGUCUUCAAUGAUCCGAGAGUUACUGAGCAUUUCCAUCCCAAAAUAUGGAUUUGUGUCUCGGAUGAUUUUGAUGAGAAGAGGUUGAUAAAGGCAAUCGUAGAAUCUAUUGAAGGAAAGUCACUCAGUGAUAUGGACUUGGAUCCACUUCAAAAGAAGCUUCAGAAGUUGCUGAAUAGAGAAAGAUACUUGCUUGUCUUAGAUGAUGUUUGGAAUGAAGAUCAACAGAAGUGGGAUAAUUUAAGAGCUGUCUUGAAGGUUGGAGCAACUGGUGCUUCUAUUCUAACCACUACUCGUCUUCAAAAGGUUUGUUCAAUUAUGCAAACUUUGCACCCAUAUGAAUUGUCAAAUCUGUCUCAAGAAGAUUGUUUGUCGUUGUUCAACCAACGUGCAUUUGAGCACCUAGAAGAAAUAAAUCCUAACCUUGAGGCUAUCGGAAAGGAGAUUGUGAAAAAAUGUGGUGGUGUCCCUCUAGCAGCCAAGACUCUCGGAAGUAUUUUGCACUUCAAGAGAGAAGAAAGAGUAUGGAAACAUGUGAGAGAUAGCGAGAUUUGGAAUUUGCCUCAAGAUGAAAGUUCUAUUCUGCCUGCCCUGAGACUGAGUUAUCAUCAUCUUCCACUUGAUUUGAGACAAUGCUUUGCAUAUUGUGCGGUGUUCCCAAAGGACACCAAAAUGGAAAAGGAAAAUCUAAUCUCUCUUUGGAUGGCACACGGUUUUCUUUCAUCGAAAGGAAACUUGGAGCUAGAGGAUGUGGGUAAUGAAGUAUGGAAUGAAUUAUAUUUUAGGUCUUUCUUCCAAGAGAUUGAAGUUAAAGAUGGUAAAACUUAUUUCAAGAUGCAUGAUCUCAUCCAUGAUUUGGCUACAUCUCUGUUUUCAGCAAGAGCAUCAAACAGCAAUAUCCGUGAAAUAAAUGUAAAAAAAUACUCAGAUAUAAAGUCUAUUGGUUUUGCUGCAGUGGAGUCUUCCUACUCUCAUUUGCUGGUGGAGAACUUUGUCUCGUUGAGGGUUCUUAAUCUGCGUUACUUAGAACUCAAUCAGUUACCGUCUUCCAUUGGAGAUCUAGUACAUUUAAGAUACAUGGACCUCUCUUACAAUAGAGAAAUGUGUAGUCUUCCAAAGCAGUUAUGCAAGCUUCAAAAUCUGCAGACUCUUGAUCUACAGUAUUGCAUCUCACUUUGUUGUUUGCCAAAAGAAACAAGUAAACUUGUUAGUCUCCGAAAUCUUUUACUUGAUGGCUGUCCAUUGGAUUGUAUGCCACCAAGGAUAGGAUCUUUGACAUGCCUUAAGACUCUAAGUCGCUUUGUUGUGGGAUGGAAGAAAGGCGGUCAACUUGGGGAACUAGGAAACCUGAAUCUGUAUGGCUCAAUUGAAAUCAGCCAUCUUGAGAGAGUGAAGAAUGAUAAGGAUGCAAAAGAAGCCAAUUUAUCUGCAAAAGAGAAUCUGCGAUCUUUAAUCAUAGAUUGGGAUUGGCUUGAACCACGUAGAUAUGAAUCAGAAGAAGUUGAAGUGCUUGAAGCCCUCAAACCACACUCCAAUCUGACUUCUUUAAAAAUCAAUGGCUUCAAAGGAAUCCGUCUCCCAUAUUGGAUGAAUCACUCAGUUUUGAAAAAUGUUGUCUCUAUUGAAAUCAGCAGUUGCGCAAACUGCUCAUGCUUACCACCCUUUGGUGAGCUGCCUUGUCUAGAAAGUCUAAGGUUAUGCUGGGGGUCUGUGGAUGUGGAGUAUGUUGAUGUUGAUGUUGAUUCUGGGAGGUUUCCAUCCUUGAGGACACUUGUUAUAGUGAACUUUAGUAAUCUAAAAGGAUUGCUAAAAAAGGAAGGAGAAGAGCAAUUCUUUGUGCUUGAAGAGAUGAUAAUUCUCUAUUGCCCUAUGUUUGUUAUUCCGACCCUCCCUUCAUUGAAAGUUUGUAUGUCAGAUGCCUCAAGUUUGAGGUCCACAUCUAAUCUUAGUGCUCUUACUUCCCUCAACAUUAGCGGUAACUAUGAAGCUACUUCACUCCCAGAAGAGAUGUUCAAAAGCCUUGCAAAUCUCACAUACUUGGAAAUCUCUGUGUUCUACAAUCUUAAAGAGCUGCCUAGCAGCCUGGCUAGUCUCAAUGCUUUGAAGCGUCUGGAUAUUUAUUAUUGUGACACACUAGAGAGUCUCCCCGAGGAAGGGGUGAAAGGUUUAACUUCACUUACACAGUUAUCUCUCCACUACUGCAAGAUUCUAAAAUGUUUACCGGAGGGAUUGCAGCACCUAACAGCCCUCACAACUUUAACAAUUACUGAAUGUCCAAUAGUGUUCAAGCGGUGUGAGAAGGGAAUAGGAGAAGACUGGCACAAAAUUGCUCACAUUCCGUAUCUGCAUAUUCGUAACUAUUAGUAUUUAUAAUUCUUUCUUUGUUUGUGAAUCUUUUUGGUUUCUCCCAUUGGAUGUAAUUGUUUGUAGGGUUGUUUGUUUGUGAGUCUCUCUCUCAUUGGAUGUAAUUUUCUUUUUGAAAUAAAUCAAUAAUCUAUUUGUAUUAUCCACUUUGAGAAUGUAUUAGUUAUUUGUAAA